AGACAUCUCUACAUAUAGUCUACAUAUUACAUAUUGUAUAUAGUCUACACAUGUGUUUAUCUCUGACCGCUUUACAAAGCAAACGUGACACAUCCAGUCAGUCCCCAGUCCCGCACCGGUCGACCGGUCUGACCGAGGUGAUGGGCACGGUGACGGUGCUGAACCUCGCAGGGGACGUGGUGCUGAGCCAUCCCUGCACACCGGGCUUGUCGGUGGCGGAGCUGCGAUCCAAGCUGCCGGAUCCGUUCAUGUGGGAGCUGAUUUGGGAGGGCCACCCGGCGCUGCGCGAUGAAGAGACGGCGGGCCAGUUGGGGUGGUCGGACGCAGUGACAUUGUCAGCCGUGGCGAGAUCGGCGGACUAUGAUGCGGCCAUCCACGCUCUUCGUGGGUCCGAGUGGUCAAAAGCACCACCUUUGGAGCAGAACGAGGUGAAACGCCUUUGCACUCGCGCCCAGGAGAUCCUGCUGGCCGAGCCGAGCUUGCUCACUUUGGAGCCACCCGUGGUCGUCUCGGCACACCCCACCGGCCACAUGAAGACGCUGAACUACAUCUUCGACACCUUCGGCGAGCCGGGUGGCACGGUCCACUUGUUCUUGGGCAACUACGUGAACCGAGGCAAGCACUCUUUGGAAGUGUUCAUCUUGCUGCUGUCCUACAAGCUGAAGUAUCCAGAACAGCUUCAUCUCCUCCGGGGCCGUUAUGACUGUGGAAACUUGGGGCGCAUUUAUGGCUUCUACGACCAGUGCAAGCCCCGCUACGGUGUGAAGUUCUGGAAGACCUUUGUGGAAGUCUUCAAUUCACUGCCAAUUGCUGCGGUCGUGGGGAGCCGAAUCUACUGUGUCUCUGGUGGCUUAUCACCCAGCAUGAGGAGCUUGGAGGACCUUCGCCAACUCCAACGCCCCACCGAGGUUCCCGAUCAGGGGCUCCUCUGUGAUGUGCUGUGGUCGGAUCCCGAUGCCCUUCCAGGAUGGCAGGAGAUUCCCAAGGGCGUCUCGUACACCUACGGCCCGGACAUCGUGGAGCAGUUUCUACGGGAGAAUGAGCUGGACUUCAUGGUGGUUGGGAAUCAAGUCGUCGAGGAUGGCUAUGAGGUCUCUGGGCCACGUUGCACGCUCUUCAGCGUGCCCGACUACUGCGGCGAGUUCAACAACCGCGGCGCCGUCCUGCUUUUAGAUGAAAACUUGGAGCGGCACUUCACAGUCUUCGCGAUGGCAGACGUGGAACGAUCCAGAUGAAAGAGGAAGCGUCCGUCCGCGCGCCCAAAGAGGCGGCUUCCAGGAAGCCUUUGGCGUGGGAAAAGGUCCUGCUGCGUUGGGCCUCUGUGUGUUGAUCGGAUGUGAUCAGAUCUAUAUACAACUCGAAAAAGUACGAUCCCCUUCCAGCAAUACGCAAGGGGUGGUUGGAGGGAUGCAUGUUUUUUCCUACUUGCAAGGUUUCCAACAGUAUGCGCCGCCGUCAGUCAUUCUAUACAUGUUUAUCUUGGCAUUUUGUGGUGGCAAAAGAAGGAAGGUUGGUGUGACCACACGGAACUUUCCAACACUCUUAAAAAUUGGUGCUAAGAAUUAGGCAUUGUCCUUGGUCCAUUAAUUUGUUGCAUAGUGCUGUACGCAAGCACUAAUUAAGCUCUUUGAGGAUGAGUCCUAGCAGAAUGACCACCCCCAUGACUUGACCGCGGUUUGAGCUGCAGCAUAGAGUCGCCAUAGAGAAACCGCUCAUGCACCAUGAGCCUGUCAGCUCGCACCAGUCAGAUCGCUCAAUCAGUUGGUCAGUUAACUUUGCUUCUCACCCCGCGGAGGGGAGACGCGCGCCAUAUUGACAGGAAGAGACGUUGCCGGCUCUUCAUGCGGCGGGGCCCAGGAGAUUCCAAAGGCACACGAAGGAACUAAAAGUGGGACCUGCAAGAAACCCAAUAUAGAAAU